GUAUUUACUAACAAAUUAAUUAUUUGUCAUGUAUUUUUAGAUAUUUCUGCAGAACCAGUGAGUUCUUCAUGCAAGAAAGAUACUGAGGAGAAUUGUGAUGAGACUGUUUCUAGUAGUGAGAAUAAAAUAGAUAGUGGUAGCAAUUUAGAAGAUGAAAAUGAAAUUAGUAACACUGUUAGUAAAAGUAUAAAUAGCCCUAAUGUCUCAAGUACCAAUUAUGAGGAAGAAGAGGAAAAAAAUCAUUUAAGUGAUGAAGAGAGUUCCUUAAAAAAUGAUGAAGAGAAACAUGAUUCACCAAAUAAGGAACAUGAUGAAAGCAUAGAAAAUGUGUCGGAUACUGACACUAUUUAUACGAAAAAUGAUUCACAGGAACGUGAAGAAAAUGUGGAUACAACAAACAGUCCGAAAACUAGUGAAGACAAAAGUGAAGCCGUUGAUCCACUUGAAACAAAUGAGGAAGGCAAUAAAGACAGUAAUAAUGAAUUAAAUUCUGUUAAUGAAAAAACUGAAGAUCCCGUUAAAGAGAUUGCGGAGGAAAAUGACAAAGAUAAAAGCAGUGAACCUGAUGAAGCACCAGAAGAGAAAGAAACAGCUACAGAGGAAAAGAACUUAGAAAAGACUCCUAGUGAAAUUUUUCCAUUAUUAAAAGAAACUUUGACGAAGGAGAAGAAAGAUGAUGGCACUGAAGAUAAAGAAGUAGAAAGUGAAAAUGGAAAUGAAGAAAUAGACAUGGAUGAUGACUUUGAUCCCUCCCUGCUAUGUCCUGAUAUUGCAAUGGAAGUUGAUGAAGCACCAGUCAUAACCACCACAGAUAAUGUUCCCUCAGAUGGUAAUAAGAGCCCACUGCUCUAUGAUCCUGUGUAUUCAACCUAUGUGGACGAAAUGACGGGAGCUGAAGUGACUUUUAAUUUAACACCUGAGGAGCACCAAAUGCGGCAAGACAAUUAUGGAGAAAAAAAUCCUAUACAGUUCACAAAAAUCCAUUGUACUGCCUGCAAUGUUCAUCUGGGCAGUGCAUUAGAUGGCCAAGGCAAUCGAUUCGUACACCCCCUGUUAAAAGUGCUGAUUUGCAAAGAUUGCUACCACUUUUAUACUAGCGGGGAAUUUGAGAAAGACGAAGACGGAAGCGAACUUUAUUGCCGUUGGUGUGGACAGGGUGGGCAGGUCAUGUGUUGCUCUGCCUGUGAAAUGGUUUUUUGUAAGAAAUGCAUUCGCAUCAAUUUUGGCCGGAAAAAACUAACUGAAAUUAGAGACAGUGAUGACUGGUACUGCUUCCGAUGCAAUCCAAUCCAACUAACACAGCUGCGGGUCCAUUGUGCAGAAUUUAUGGAAUACGUGAGACGAGAAAUUUCUCGGGCAGCGACACUGGAGAAUGCCACAUCAUUCAUGACAACCGAUUACACACAAUGCUGCCUGGCCCAAAAGAAGAAAUAUGUGGAUCCGAAUAUGCCCGAGCAACCGAAAAAGAAGAGGAAAAAGUGGGUUGAUCCAGAUUACGACCCAGUAAUGGAUCUAGUCGAUACCUCAAAAACGAAUAAUGUAUCUCCCGAAAUAAAAGCUUCCCCAUCGGCUAAAGUCGUACCUAUAUUGCCCAAACCGUCAGAUCCAAAUCUUAAUGCGGGAGUUGUUCAGGUUACGCAGACUGCUUCACCUGGUGGUAUAUUUAAGGUGGGGAACACGACGUUCAGGCCUAGGGUGUCCACACUUUCUCAAGUGAGACCAACGCUGCAGCCGGGCAUUUCAACAGGAAUACGCCUUCAGACUUCCAGCCCAGGCUACAUCAAAAUCAUGCCGAGCGGCAUACGUGCCACCACUCCAAGGCAACCCGCCCAAACGUUUGUUUCCAGCUCGGUAAGGGCCCAGCCGUUCCAGCAGAGACAAAUACGGCCAGGUACCAGCACUAGCCCCACCAUGAAACACGAGUGGUUCGAAAAAACUGUUCGUGCCGCUGCCCGCGUAAAUUCCAAUCUUUCCUAUACGUUAACGCAGCUGAACAGGGCUCAGGCGACGGCGAGUAGUGUCGAGGCUUUGGCGGUCGUCCACAACAAGCUGCAGGAAAUACUGAGCACUUCCAUCAAUUCCUUGAUCCAAAUAAGGAAGAACUUGAGGACCGAGUUCAUAGCAGGUAUCAAAAAUAUCAGAUUUCCACCGAAACCACCUCAGCCACGACCACUGCCUUCGACGUCGGCUCAAGACGACGACGUAAUUUUUGUAAGUCCUACGACUUCGCCUGUACCCCCACCACUUGUUACAUCAAACAGUCUCAUAGCAACGAACAACCUCACACCAUCAGUAUCCUUGUUAAAUUCACCAGUUUCUUCAAAGAAAAAUUCUCUUCCUAUAGUUCCCACCACCACUUUACAACCGAUUCCAAGUACUAGUAGUAGUGGCGGCAGCGAGGAGAAACCAAAAGUGUUCCUCAGAGUGAAAUCGCUAUCUGCAUUACAAAACGUUCCCUCGGAAUGUAUAACAAUACCCGACGACCCUAUACCGCCACCCACACCUCCUCCUCUAACUGCCAUAAAGCAUUUCGAAGACGUUACUAUGAUUGAAGAUAGUCCUGAAAAGAAUGGAGACCAAACAUCUAAAGAAAAUAUUGUAAACGACACAGUUACUGAAAGUGAAGAGAAGAAAAGUGAAGCUGAACCAUCCAAUACUGAAAAAAAUUGUGAUACAACUGAAGAUGUGAAUACGAAGAAUAUUAGCGAUGAGAGAAAUGAAGAAAUGACGUCAUUGACCAUGAAUGAUCUUCAUUCUUCACCUGGCCUGAUGAAGAUGUUCAAGAUCAAAGUUUGCCUCCAAAGAUCUGAAGAAAUAGAUAAGCUAGUUAGGAAUAAAUUUGGACUUGUCAAUGGUGACACUUCGGAAUAGUGUAGGUAUUAAAAGUGUGUUAAGAAUCUUAAAGGAUAAAGUUCCUUGGUGAGAGCAUUGCCUGUAUAUAAAAUGCAGAAAUGGAACGCUUGUAAGGAUUUGAAUGGGGUGCAAUAAUGCGGUUCUGUUUUUAUCCAUUGGAGACUGCUCUUAGGGUGGUUUAAUGUUUAUAACUAUUUCUGAGACUUAUGUGUUACGUGAGAGUACUCUUUUUUUCAAUGAGCGUAAGCUCUAAAAUAUGUUGAUAUCGUAGUUUAUUUUAUAAAUAUAAAUCAUGUUUUGUUUUUAAUAAAAAUUAUGCCUAUACGAAAUAUUAUCGAAUUUUUAUUUUUCUAAAAAAGAAAUAGACAAUUUUUUUUCGGGAUUUGUCUAGGAAAAUAAAACACUAAGUGUGCUGAUUUAAAAAAAUAUUUUUUUCUUCUAAAAAUCACCACUUUUAAGAUCGAUUUAUACCAGGUGUCUCAUUUUAAUUGAUACACGUAAAUAUUUCGUUCGAUUUGACCUUGACCUCAUCUUGAAGAUCAAUUGAAGGUCAACUUCGGAAUUUUAAAUGGCACCCCCUAUUUUUAACCUUGGAAAUGGAUUCAACAGAAAAUUUUACAUCCGGAUGUGAUGACAACUUUGACCUUGAGGUCAUAACGAGAUUAAAUGAUUUGUCGCCCUUGAAGCAGCCUGGGAAGAAGAUGUUUGAUCUUCAGAAUAGAUGGCAUUUACAUCAAGGUACUCAAUCACGACCUUCGAUUCGUCCUUGACCUCCACUUUGUCAAGGUCAUUUGAAGGUCGACUAUAACAAUUGCAGGAAAAAAUAAUGCUACAAAUGAGUGAGGGGAGAUAAAAAUAUCUUGUUACUCAACGAAGGUAUAACUUCGCUUGAGAAUUGAAAAAAGAGAUAUCUGAGUACAUUACAAAGUAAAACUGACUGACGGUGAAAAAUUGAGAAGAAAUAAUAUCACAGUAUUAUUUGUGAGCCAUUGAAUUACGUU